AUGAAUAAUCAAAAAUAAGAUGACGAAAAAUACAAAAAAUUUUAAUGCAAAAUAUGCUUAGAUCUAGCAACAGAGCCUGUUAUCACUCCAUGUGGUCAUCUCUAUUGUUGGCAAUGUCUUUACACUGUAAUAUAUAUAAAAUAAAUCUAGUGGGCUUAAAAGAAGAAUCCAUUAGUAUGUCCAUAUUGUUCUAAUGUUUUUGAACUUAACAAAGUUACUACCAUUUUUACAGGAGACUCUAAAGAAUCAAAAUCAUCAGAAAUACCAAAAAGACCUUCAAAUCCAAGACAAGAAUAGAACAAUUAAUAAUAAUAAAAUUAACCUUUUGGAAACUUUUAAUUUGGUUUCAGUUUUGGAAUGCCAUUCAUGAUGAUGUCUAAUUUCAAUUUUGGAUAAGGAUAAUAAGCUAAUACAAGAACUUUUAUGUUCAUUUUCUUUCUUGGAUUUUUUCUUAUGAAUUUUCUACCUAUCUUUAGUUCCUUUUUCUAAGAAACUCCAUAAUAAACAUAAAGACAAUCAAGAAGACAUCAUUAAGAAACAUCUGAAGAGUAUUUUAUCAAUAUUGGAAUAAGUUUUGCAAUUAUUCUUGGUUUUGCUGGCCUCAAUUAUGUGGCUAAAAAGAUUUUGAACAAUUGA